ACCUUUUGUGGUCUGUAAAUAGCACACGAUCAUCCAAGAAAAGCAGUGACUCGAAAGGAAGCCGCAGUGACAUUCAUCCGCUCGAGUUAGUUGGGUUUUCCACUUGCUUAUUAUAACAAAGUGUGGCAGUCUGUCAUCCACAGUCUUAUUUUGGGAGCGGCAGAAAACAACGGAUGUGGAUUUUGACAGCUUUCAAAAUGCUCAAGGUUUGCGACUCGGGCGUCAAAAUCUUAGCGUUGAUCGCCAUCCUGGCAAUGCCCUCUGUUUUCGCUUACGGAAAUCGACCAGGUGACUAUCAAACAGGAAAAUGGGAAGCAAGUAAGAACGUGAAAAAUGGCCCUGCUGGACAGUCUAGGUACAGCCCUAUUGUUUUUUGGCAGAAACUUACCCCGGAACUGCUAAAUCAAGCCCGAACGCCCCAUAUCGAUUGUAACCAGCCCUCGAAUGGAGCAGGACACUUGAAGAACUGCCAGCCGCUCAAGAGCCCCAGUUUCCCGAGCAAUGAGGCCAUAUGUCAGUGCAGCAAGUGCGAGAAAGUGCCCGUCAAGCUGAUCUGUUUCGCGGGAACUUGGUAUGUUCAUCCUGAAAUCUUCGACUUCCCUUGCGACAACUGUGACGCACUAUGUCCGCUCCAAGGAAACAAGCAGUUCAAAUGCGAGGACAACAGUGUUGGCACCAUCGGUGACAUCAAGAUGGGGUGCUCAUGUUUCGACGACUGCUUAGAAUAUGACAUCGAGUGCGGCUCCAACGGCCGGUGGACGCAGUCAUCCUUCAUCGACGAUAGCGGAAAAAGCAUCCUCUGCAAUGUUGAAAGGAAAACAGUGGUUAGGGACGAUAAGGAAGUGAAUUACCACAACGGAGUGAUUACAGUGCGAUGCAAGCAGGGAUACAAAGCCAGCUCUCCCUACGCUAUCUCUUGUCGGAAUGGAGUGCGAAACGGCUCCAUUCCCGAAUGCAUUUUAGACCAAUCAAAUAAUGGUGGAUUUGGAGGCGUCAAUCAGGAGAACUCAUUUGGAAAUUUGGAUCCUUUCGACAACGGGCAAAAUAACGACCCAAAUUUUAACAAUAACCCUAACUUCAACAAUCCGAAUUUCAAUGGCAACAAAAAUCCAAACUUUAACAUCCCAAACAAUAACCCCAACUCCAACAAAAAUCCAAACUUCAAUGGUAACAACAAACCGAACUCCAACUUCAACCCUAAUAACAACUUCCACAAUAACAAUAACCCCAACUUCAACAACAAUCCAAAUUUCAACCCAAAUACCAAAUUCCCCAACUCCAACAACAAUCCAAACUUCAAUGGUCACAACAAUCCGAACCCCAACUUCAAUCCUAAUAACAACUUCCCCAAUAACAAUAACCCCAACUUCAACAACAAUCCAAAUUUCAAUGGCAACGCUAACCCAAAUUUCCACCCCACUAAAAAUCCGAACUCCAAUUUCAACCCGAAUACCGAUUUUCCCUUCUUCAACAACAACAACAACAACAACAACAACCCCGACUUCAACCAAGGAGGCAUCGAAGACAACGGCCUGAGACCAACCACGCCAGUGACCCGCGUUCCCAAGUUCCCCGAGAACAAUGCGAGUGGCAUGCGCCCCACCUCGGCAUCUGUGACCAGCAACAAGCCAAAGAACCGCAACUUCAACUACAUGUACAUCCUGUUCGCCGUUCUGGCGUUACUCGCCGUGCUCGCCUUAGUGGCCCUGGCGGUCACCAUUUGGAGGUGCCGUCACCCCGCGAAGAUCUCGGAGGAGGCGGGGGUUGUAGCCGCUGACGACGGUGCCUCAAAACCCGGAGUCAAGGGCUCGUACUCUACCAAGAAGUAAAAUGAUUUAAUGAGAACUGGAGAAAAAAUCUAGAAAAAAUAUUUCUAGAUGAAGAAACAAAAAUUUUCCAUAUAUUAUGUUUAAAACAAAAUAGUCUACCACUCAUUUCCCAAUAAAUUAUUGGUUUUCUUUUUUAAAUUGGUUCUUUGAUGUAAAUUUGUUAUUUUACUGUAGAGUUAAAAAAUGUUGUUAAAUGAACACUCUGUAAAUAAAAUACAUAUCUAUUUAAGAAGAGGUUGAAAUCCUAUAUUUUUUUGUGAAUCCCUUAUUGUACCGAUGCAGGAUUAAAUUCGAAAUUACUUACCUUCCGACUA